UGACCCACCCCACCCACCCUGUCCCUGAGGUGCGAUGACUCGGGACGUGGGUUUAGAUGAUGAACUUCCAGACUGGGCUGGUGCCAAGGAGUUCUAUCAGAAAUAUGACCCCAAGGAUGUUAUUGGCAGGGGUGUGAGCAGUGUGGUCCGGCGAUGUAUUCACAAGCAGACAGGCCAGGAAUAUGCUGUCAAGAUUAUUGAGGUGACCCCAGAGCGCAUGACCCCUCAACAGCUGGAGGAAGUGCGCACGUCGACGGGCAAAGAGAUCGCUAUUCUGCGCCAGGUUUCUGGCCACCCCUUCAUCAUUACUCUUAUAGAUUCCUAUGAGACAUCCACCUUCAUGUUCCUCGUAUUUGACUUGAUGAGACGUGGAGAGCUUUUUGACUACCUUACAGAGAAGGUAACACUCAGCGAGAAGGAGACCAGGUGUAUUAUGCGAGCCCUGCUGGAGGCUGUGAGCUACCUUCACGCAAACCACAUCAUCCAUCGAGAUCUGAAGCCUGAGAACAUCCUCAUGGAUGACGACCUCAGCAUCAAACUCUCUGAUUUUGGCUUCUCCUGCCACUUGGAGCCAGGGGAGAAGCUGCGAGAGCUGUGUGGAACCCCAGGCUACCUGGCACCAGAGAUCCUGAAAUGUUCCAUGGAUGAGACUCACCCUGGUUACGGGAAAGAGGUGGACCUCUGGGCCUGUGGAGUCAUCUUUUUCACUCUCUUGGCUGGCUCUCCCCCCUUCUGGCAUCGCAAGCAGAUGCUGAUGCUUCGGAUGAUUAUGGAGGGGCAGUACCAGUUCGGCUCCCCUGAGUGGGAUGACCGAUCUGAUACAGUCAAGGAUCUGAUCUCACGACUGCUGCAGGUGGAUCCAGCAGAGCGGCUGACAGCCGAGCAGGCGUUACAGCACCCUUUCUUCCAUCGCUAUGGGAAGGAGCACCGGCACUUCAGCCCUUUCCGCAAAUUCCGGGUUAUUGCCUGGACCGUGCGGGCCUCUAUCCGCAUCUUCUCCACCUACAGACGUGUUCGGCCAGUCACCAAGGAGCUGCUGCUCUGCGAACCCUAUGCUCUCAAGGGGGUGCGGAAGCUGAUCGAUGCCUGUGCCUUCCGCAUCUAUGGGCACUGGGUGAAGAAAGGCGAGCAGCAGAACCGGGCUGCCCUGUUUGAAAACGUCCCUAAGGCCAUCCAGUUGGUCUUGCUCAGUGCAGAGGGAGAGGAGGCCCCCUCGACAUCCGCUGUGGAACACCCUUCCUACUGAGAGUUUACUGCACUCCCUGUGCAGCCGCGGGAUUGCUGGUCCUGGGAACUGUCAUGAGGGAGGCAGGAGCCGCUCUGAGUGAGAAAUGAACUCUUCUUGGGAGAAUGGCAAGUCGUAAAGCUUUCCUGUGGGAGAGAUACUUGCCCUUGCAUGCAGAGGGGCCAUUUUCUGUGGAGUAGGUAUCUGGGAACCUAAGUUUGUGGCUGAUGGGAACAAAGGUCCUGUAAUUGUCCUGGAGAGUGCGGAACCUUGGAUCUGUGUGGGGUCCGGGUACAGAGCUCCAGUAUUACUUGAUACAAAAUGAUUAGGGAGCAUUGCAGGGUGGGGGGGAAAUCUUUUAUAUUAGAGUAGCAAGAAGUGGAGCCAUUUAUACACCUGUUUCCACAGUAAGGAGGUCCCUACAUUUCACCCUUCCAAAAUGUAGCCAAUUUUCACAUUGCUGAGGAAGCAGUCAAUGUAUGGUCAGUACUGGGGGAAGUGGGUGGGACUGGAAUCGGGUAUUACACACUUCCUUCCUCCUAUAAACAGGAGCUGGGUUUGGCCCUUCCUUGUACAAUCAUGUCUCUUGUUUGUGUGUGUAUGUGUGUGUGUGCGUGGUUGUGUUGUUUGCCCAACUACUUGAUGUCAGAAUUAAAAUAAUGGGACAAAACCAAAA